UCUCCACUAGAGUAUCCUUCUGAUGAUGAAUCAGGAGAAGAUCGUCCAAAUAAAUUACUGAACGUAUGCCCUCUGAGCGCAGUUUCACUAUAACGGGACAGAGGAGUCUGGUGAAGACUCUGAGAGCCAGUGAGAGGCCGAAUGGGAGGCAAGAGAAUUCGAAAGUUGUUCUCUCGAACUGGAAGCAUUGCCCAGAAGGGAAAUACAACAACGGAAAUGGCUUUAAUUGCACAGUUAUACCAUCAGCCCCGGAAAAUGUCCAAGUUAUCUUCGUCAACCGGAGCGCAUUGGAGUUACAAUGGCAGCCUCCUGUAGUGACUGGUGAUCAGACCCACGUGUUUUAUGACGUUGACUGCCGUAAGCUGUGUGAAGAUGAAGACGAGGACAUGUGCGUGAAUAACGCUUGUGGGAGUGAGGUCAUUUUCAUACCAAAAAGGGACGGCCUUAACGUUAAUCACGUUAUUGUUGGAAAUCUAUCCUCAUUUGUUAUCUACACCAUGCAAAUCUUCGCUAAGAACCGAGUGAGUGAAUUGGCGAGAAGAAAACAUGGAACUGAAGCAAACUUCGGGGAAAUAUCUGUGAGAACUAACGGAUCAGUUCCAGGUAAACCAGAAGUGUUCGUCGAACAACCGAAAACGGCUGUUGUUGUAUCUUGGAAAAUUAAGGUCAAGAACGGUAUCCUUAAAGAGUACUACGUGACUUCUGUAAGAAAGGAUGACUUGUCAAAAACCCAGACUCUUGUUACCAAGAAAAUGGAAGCGCAGUUUGAUUUAAAGGCGGGAAAAACUUAUCAAUUCCAGGUAUUCGCUAUAAACAACUUUGGUUGGGGUCCUGCUGGUGUGAAGACGUUCACACUAAGAGACGAGCCCAGUGUCACCAUGUAUCUCAAUAUCAUCUAUGGAUUGGUUGGUUUAUUGGCUCUUUGCAUCGCGUCUUUCACCUGUUACAUCGUAUACAACAGAUGGAACCGUCGAGGAAAUAUAAACCGUGGAAAAAUUCCCAAAACAACAAAAUCCAGUGCUAAGGUUUAUGAGAACGUCUCGAUGAGUUCUGUCGCUGAGCGGCAAAAAGUGGAUGAAUUUAGGCUUGACCGUGAUCAAAUAACAACAGUGAAAGUGCUUGGAAGUGGCAACUUUGGUCAAGUUUCCAAAGCCAUCUACAACCCUUUAAAAUCUGAAGUGGCUGUUAAGUCAUUGAAAGACAAUGCCAAAAAGAAGGACUUGCAAGACAUGCUGACUGAAUUAGAUCUAAUGAAAACAAUGAGGCCUCAUCCUCAUGUUGUUAAACUCAUCGGCUGUUGCAUUGAGAAAGAUCCACCUCUCAUAGUUUUGGAAUAUUUACCAUACGGGGAUUUAUUGGGAUACCUGCGCAAGAGCAGAGGAAUCGAGGAUCCUUAUAACACAGGAGAAAAAAGACCAAGCUCAACACUCGCAGACGCAGAGAAGGACCUUCUGUCCUUUGCAUGGAUGAUCGCUGAUGGUAUGAGCUAUUUGUCAACAAUGAAGAUUGUUCAUCGUGAUUUGGCAGCUCGCAAUGUUUUAGUUGGGGACAACAAAGUGUGUAAGAUUUCCGACCUUGGUUUAGCGCGUGGUUUGGAAGGAGAUAUAUACACCAGAAAAAGUCAGGCUCGUCUUCCAGCCAAGUGGAUGCCCCCAGAAUCUCUUUUGUAUGGCAAAUCUACCACUAUGAGCGACAUAUGGUCAUACGGCAUAGUAAUGUGGGAGGUGUUUACGAUUGGUGAAUCGCCAUAUCCCGGAGUGAAAUCUAGAGAAGUAGCUGGUUUACUGCAGACAGGAUACCGCAUGCCUAAGCCACCUCAUAUUUCACAAGAACUGUACUCCAUUAUGACCAAUUGUUGGGAAGAGCAACCAAAAAGCAGACCAACAUUUCCGUGGCUCUGCUCGGCAAUCAAACGGUUAUUGGACGAUUUUAAGACAUAUGUGAACUUGGAAGUCUACGAAGGCCAUGAUUAUAUCAACUUUGAUGUGGCAGACAAAGAGUGAUAAAAGAUGUCCAAUUUCUAUAAUAAAGACUGGAGCGGGGAAGUCCGGUGCAUUUAACAUAGUUUCAAUUAUGUUAAUCUUUCAUCUUCUCUAUUGUAAAUCGGAUAAGAUAAGAUAUUGUUAAAGAUACUGUAUUAUGAACUUUAAACAGUUUUUCUCGAGAUUUCAUGAAGAAUGUUAUUUUUUAAUUUGAGGUUCCUUCCGGAAAUCUGCUUGGUUACAUGCUUCUUGAAAUAGCAAGUUGCAUAAACAUUCAAAUAGGCAACACAUAUAGUCGUAUUCAGGUUUAUUUCAGCGUAAGAGCUCCACGUAAUUAUCUUCGCGUCGUAGUAAUGAUUUUUUCGAAGCUGCAUUGUUUUGGCUUCUUUGUUUUCCCUAUUCUACGUCACGCGUAAGCAUUAUAGGUCUUUACACCAUGAAUAAAUACGAAUUUAAAGCACAUACCCAGAAGCUCAGGUUACCCUUUAGAAUGUUAUAG